AUGGCCUCUCCCAACAAAACUCAGUUUCAUCCAUCCUCUUUUUUCCUCUUGGGGAUCCCAGGCCUAGAAGAUUUGCAUUUCUGGAUUGGCUUCCCCUUUUGUGCUGUCUAUCUGAUUGCAGCUAUGGGAAACAUUACCAUCCUGUUUGUGAUCCAGACUGAACGGAGUCUUCACCAGCCCAUGUUCUAUUUCUUGGCUAUGUUGGCCACCAUUGACCUAGGUUUGUCCACUGCCACAAUCCCCAAGAUGCUAGGCAUCUUCUGGUUUAAACUAAAAGAGAUAAUGUUUGGUGCCUGUGUCACCCAAAUGUAUGUUAUUUACAUGUGCACUGGUCUAGAGUCUGUGGUGCUAACAGUUAUGGCCAUUGACCGCUACGUGGCCAUUUGUAACCCAUUGAGGUACACCAUGAUCCUUACUAAUAAAGUACUGGCUAUCUUGGGAGUCAUCAUUAUAGUAAGGUCUUUGGUCUUUGCCACUCCAUUCAUAUUUCUAAUUCUGAGACUGCCCUUCUGCAAUACUCGAAUUAUUCCCCACACUUACUGUGAGCACAUGGGUAUUGCUCGCUUAAGCUGUGCCAAUAUCAAGGUUAAUAUCUUAUAUGGAAUGGUUGCUUUUUCUGUCGGAUUUGUUGACAUUUGUGUGAUUGUUUUUUCUUAUAUAAAGAUCCUCCAUGCUGUUUUCUACCUUCCUUCUUGGGAUACCCGGUUCAAGGCUCUCAACACUUGUGGCUCUCAUGUCUCUGUUAUUCUAAUCUUCUAUGUCCCAGCCUUUUUCUCUUUUCUGACACAUAGAUUUGGUCAUACUAUCCCUGGUUACAUCCACAUCUUUUUUGCCAAUCUGUAUGUGAUUGUUCCACCUGCCCUCAAUCCUAUCAUCUAUGGAGUGAGAACCAAACAGAUCCGAGAGCGUGUGCUGAAAAUAAUUAAUGCCAAAAGUUUCUAA